AUGGGUCAUAAAGAAAGUAAAACUAUUGGUGUUGAAUUAGACGACGAAACAAUUGAUCGUCUUACAAAAAAUACAAAUUAUACACCUGAACAAAUUCGUCAAUGGCAUCAAGCAUUUUUACGUGAUUGUCCAAAUGGAAAAUUAUCACCAAGACAAUUUACAGAAGUUUAUAAAAAAUUUUAUCCUGAACAUGAAGCAGAAAAAUAUAGUCAACAAGUAUUUCGUACAUUUGAUAUGGAUGAUAAUGGUUAUAUUGAUUUUGUUGAAUUUUUGCUUGCUGUAAACAUUAAUUCAAAUGGUGAUAUACGAGAUAAACUUGGUCUUGCUUUUGAUGUCUAUGAUUUGAAUUCCAAUGGACAAAUCGACAAGAAAGAAAUGACGAAAGUAAUUACGGCUAUUUAUGAACUCUUAGGUGAAGAAAAUCGUAAGGGUGAAAAUGCACCAGAACUUCGUGUGAAGAAAAUAAUGGAAAAAUUAGAUCUUAAUGAUGAUAAAAAUAUUUCUCGUGAUGAAUUUGUUGAAGGCUGUCUUAGAGAUGAUGUACUUCGACAGUUAUUAGCACCUAAUGUUUAA